AUGCGAAAGACAUUGGAGAAUGACCUGGUGUUCAAUGGAGAUUGGGUCUUGAUCCGCAGCAUCAAAAGAAAACACCAAGAGCUCCUCACGGCUCCUACAGCCGUAAAGAUCGCAGAGAGGGAAACCGGGGUUCACCUUGCCCACUGCAAAAAGGUCAUCUCAACCGAGUCCCAAGGGGAACUCGGUCGACAUGACACUGCCGAGGUGGGCAAGCAUCUUUUCACGCUCGCGAUGCACAAAGUUACGAGGAGAUCCUUUUCAUCUCCUAAUCGUCUGUGUAUCCUCCUUAUUGGGAGACCCGGUGGAGGCCAGGCCCGGUCAUUGAGCAGAGUGGGGAAUCUAGAUCCCUCAUGGCGUAAGACGACCGUGUAUCAAACGAGUCCCUUAGUGCCGCGUAGUGACGUAUGGUGGUGGUGCGGUGGCAGCAGGCUCUAUGACACCCUAAGGAACUCAGUGGGGGUAUGUGCACUUGUGUCAUUACUCUUACCAGUGUCUAUUUAUCCUGUUUCGGCUACAGAUAUCCUGGACGCAACAUCAAAGUUUGACCCCUCUAAGUUGCGUGUUAAUAAACGUAGUGCCCAGUGGGCAGUUGAACCAACUUACAUAGAUGCGAUCGGAGUUCCCCGUGGCGUGCCGAGUGAGUAUAGGUUGACUAACCCAAUUGCCUCGGGUUUUGAAUCUAUACUCCCUUGGAUCACUGUUAAUAAGAAUGUUGAGAGGAUCAACUACAUCCAUUUUAAUCUCCAGAGACUUAAUAACAAUUCAGAGAUUGCCUUUACAGCCUUAAAACACCAGCUGGAUGCCACCUAUCUCAUGGCGUUCCAAACCAGGGUGGCCGUGGACAUGUUGCUAGCCGAAAAAGGCGGCGUGUGUGGUCACGUCGGGAACGGCUGUGGGACAUUUGUUCCAAACGCUACCUCCUCUAAUGAGGAGAACUUCCACAAGGCCCUCGGAGCAAUCAGCUCCCCUGGUAGAACGAUGUAGGGUCACUCUGGGGAGUGGACCCCCGAUGUGUCCAGUUGGUGGGAAGCACUGUUCGGUAAGUAUAGGUCAAUGCUGUAUACUAUCCUGGUCUCUGUGACAGUGUUCCUGAUGGCUCUGGGAUUAUGUCGUUGUUGUUGCAUUCCCUGCAUUCGUGUUGUACUUCACCGGUUUGUUUCCGCGACUAUAGAUCCUCGUUUACAGGAAUUAUACCCCCUUUUGGCCCUGGGAGAGGAGUAUGACACAGGUGCCCAUACGGAGUUUGUAGUUUGCGAAGUGGCUCUCAAUGGUGACGAUCUCCCUGACGACGGCGAUGACAAUGAUGGGUUCUCCAUUCCGGAAACUUUCUUUCAGACCCCGCCACCGCCUCCAACUCCGGGUGGCGACAAUAUGCGUCGACAUGUCUAAUGAUUCGAUUGAAUAAAGCCUUUUUUAGGAGGUUCUUUUUGAUGAUGUUUUUGUCGCAAAUAUUGAAUAAACAGGCGGGAAAUGUUAAGAUAAUUAUCAGGGUUUGAUUCAUUAAAUGUUUCCUUGGUUGGUUGAUUGAAUAUUUGCUUAUGCUCAUAUAUACCAUAAAUAAUACAUACUGCCAUAUUCUUCUUAUUUCUAGAUUUGCUUAUGCUCAUAUAUAUCAUAAAUAAUACAUACUGCCAUUCUAAUUACUUUAUCUAAUUACUAAUUACUUUAAAUAAUAUAUUGAUUCAUAUAUAACCAGUAAAUGAUUAUUGCUUGCUAUAUAGAUUGUAGUAUAAUGCUUAAGUGUUACAAAGUGUAGAAAGAGGGUCGGAGUGGCUUCAUGGCCACGCCGUUGUAUAACUAGACCUUCCAGGCAUCCUAGCACCUGGGGUUUGGACUUUCACCUAGCCCCUCGAGGACGAUUCUCCAUCCGAGGACAUCUUCCAGGGCCACAGCGGUGCACAACUGGAAGUGUUUGGACUAUUCUGCUGAUUGUUUAACGUUGCAUAACUAAAAGUGUCUGCAUUAUUUUGACUGCUUAUAUAUUAUUUUGACUGUUUAUAUGAUUGUUUUGAUUGUUUACAUAAGCUCUUGCUCCACACACGUGUAUCACUUAAAUUCCACCUACAUGCACACACAUAGCCAAUAAAAAACCACAUGGGUGUCGCUAGCUUGCUCUCCCCUCCUUUAAGGCGGCGCCCCUAUUGUUCAGGGAAUACCCCUAAAUAAAAUACCAAGGAGGGUUUUUUUCCUUUAGAUCAAUCUUGGUGGCUAAAGAGCCACAUGUUUUGACCUCCUUGGCCAAGAAAACUGAGUGUCUUCUCUCCUUAUUUU